AUGGGACUCGACAACUAUGGUGAACGUGCCAUUUUGGACUCACUGGACGCAAAGACCCCGGAUUAUCACGCUCAAGAUGCUCAAGGAAGGACAGCGCUGAUGCAUGCUUGCAUUGCCAGGAAGUCAAACGUUGUGCAGUUUGUGACGUCACGGUGUAGUGACGUCACACAGCGAGACAAUGACGGAAAUACGGUGUUGGUGUAUGCGAUCCGGAGCGGGGACUCUGAUAUAAUAGAGAACAUACUUGAUUGUGAUCUAACAACAUAUGAGCUACUCAACGCCAAGAACAAUAUAGGUUUGACAGCAAUGGAUGUCGCCCAGAAGAAAGGAGACCCACACAUCAUACAGUUGCUGGAACAUCGCAGGCCCGCCCACCCCAGUGUCAAACAACUUCGGAAGCGGACGGACAAAAGACAACCUCGGCUCCCUCCGGCGGCUGUUCCAACUGCGAGUAAACCCCUGUCGUUAAAGUCACAUAACACCAACGGGAAUCCCCGCCUGCCGUUCUACCACAGCAAGUCAUUGGAUACAAGCGACCAUGUGACUAAACGUCAUCUUCCCGAACGAGGUUUUUCAGCUGACCGUGCACCUUUUCAUCAAGCUCAAUGUACCAGUGAUACAGAGUUACAUCGUCAGUCCGACAGUGCCGCAUACGAUGACGUCACACCUCGGGAUAAUGACGUCACACCCCGGAAUGAUGUGUGCAGUGACAGAGGUCAAAUGUCAGGUCUGCCUCAAAUUGCUUCACGAUUUGUAGAGAAGGCAAGACAUAUUGACAGAGGUAGAUCUCGCAGAGACUCAGUGUCGUUACCGGAUCUACGAGAUUUGAAUGGGAUGUUAGUGUCGUCAGGAACGACAACUCCCUUCUCACGAAAUGGGAGCCGUUUGACUUUAACAUCACAAGAAUCUUUAGACGAAGAUGUCUUUGCGGAGGACGCUCAGAAAAGGAAAGAUUCUUCAGUUAAGAAAUUGCCUGUUCUUAUCCCCAAAAGGGUCCUUAACUUAGAAGCAAGACAAAGGGGUUUUGCAAGGACGAGAAAGAAAUCAAACAGUACUGAAGAUUUUAUUCACAACAGUAUAUUAUUUUAAGCCGCAGCAUUAGGAGGUCAACCAUAAAGUAAAAGAUUGAUGGGGUUGUAGAGGAAGCGAGGGCUGGGGGCUGUGUUUCGAUUACUGUUUAAAUCGAUCACGCAAUAUAUAUGUGUGACAGGAGAGGGUGUGGAGUCUGGGAACAUAUGACUUUCCCUCUUUUGUAGCUCAACUAACUGAAGGUCAAGAGCGUCCAUGUCGUGGUCCGAUGGUCCAUCGCCCCACGUGCGCCGUCCGCCCGUUGCAUACAUCUUCUCUUCAAGUUCCACUGGACCAGGGAAGCUGAAACUUUACUUAUUCCCACCUAUGA